AUGGAAUUUUUGCUACCUACCAGCAAUGGCCAUUACUCUUGGCUCAAUCUUGCCAAAGAAUAUGUCUACAUCUUACCUCACGCCAACAUUUCAGCUUUUACCACCAGGGACCCUGAAACUUGGUUCUUACCUGAAGAGUUAGGUAUUGAUCAUGAAGCAGGUGAUGAUGAUGACAUGCAUGUCGAUACUGCCAAUGCUGAUAGCCCAUUUGAGGCCGAAGACCAUUAUUACCUCCUAAUCCGACAACUACCACCACCCUUUAACGAUCAGCCUCUGGGAACACACUUCAAGCCACAACAUGAGUACUAA